AUGGCAGUGAUCAAUAAGAACGGUCACGUGGGCCAUCGCAGGUGGCUGAAAAAGGGUCACGUGGGCCAUCGCAGGUGGCUGAAAAAGGGUCACGUGGGCCAUCGCAGGUGGCUGAAAAAGGGUUACGUGGGCCAUCGCAGGUGGCUAAAAAAGGGUUAUGUGGGCCAUCGCAGGUGGCUGAAAAAGGGUUACGUGGGCCAUCGCAGGUGGCUGAAACAGGGUUACGUGGGCCAUCGCAGGUGGCUGAAAAAGGGUUACGUGUCGUGGGCCAUCGCAGUUGCUGUGUCUGUACGAUGUGAAUCGGUGAAGAGUCCAGCGAUUCUGUGGGGCAAAGAGGCCUGCACUGUGUAUUCCAUUCACUGGCCUCAACAGACCUUGAAUAAUUUCUACUCUGGGGUUGAAAGCCAGCAGCAGCAGCAAGAGCAAUACCAGUGCAUCAACUAUGGUGAAUUAAUCUUACCUGAAAACCAGCAACAACAAGUACAACAGCAUGAUUCAAGCUUCGAUGAACUACCUCAAACAAUACUCAACGAUCAAGACAAUCACUCAGUAGCAGCAGCAGUAGCCUCAGUAGGUUGCCACGCAGUGACUGAGCCGUCGACAUUGUCACAGUCACUUCAGUCAACCAUUCAUGCACAACCAACACAGCAGGCGCUGCAUCUGUAUCAAUCAAGCAUUCAGCUACCACAACCACCGCCGACAGAACUGGCACAACCAACACAGCAGGCGCUGCAUCUGUAUCAAUCAAGCAUUCAGCUACCACAACCACCACCACCACCGCCGACAGAACUGGCACAUGUAACGGUUCCACCCAUAGUCAUAUCUACGGGGGGUUACGUGCAGACAACUGGGCCUACCGAGACUGAUGUGUCUGAUGACGUCGGAGCCAGUCUGGGGAACCCUGAAGUAUCGCAUAGGCCAGACACACAGGAGACGCACAAGGCCAGCCAGAAUCUACAACCAUUGACUACUAUAUGCCACGGAGAUGUGAUUGAUCAAAACAAUCUGAACACUCCUGACGAGACUCAGAUACCUUCGACAUCCUCGCAGCCAGCUAAAAGAACCAGGAAACGUAAACACACGAACACGGAUUCAAGUAUUCUGGAAGAAAGGUCAACUGCGGCCAGUGCAGGUGAAUAUCAUCAUUAGUCUAUUAAUCAUGAGAAAAGAAUCUAACCUAACCUAACAUCUUG